CGAAUCGAAGCGGGCGAAGGAUGCUAGACAUCCUGUCGUCGCCGCUCAAGGGGUACCUCGCGCAGACCCUGCAGUUCUACCUCUCCAAGUACCUCAAGGACAUCCACCUCGAGGGCUUCGGCUUCUUCGGCAACGACCUCGUCCUCAACGACCUCGAGAUCAAGCGUCACGUGCUGCAGUCGGCGCUCGACCUGCCGCCGACCUUUGACUUCUCGCGCGGCUUCAUCCGGGAGCUGCGCAUCCACAUUCCAUGGACGCAGAUCCUCUCGCAGCCGAUCGAGGUCAAGCUCUACACGGUCGAGCUCAUCUUGACGGCCAAGGACGAGAGCACUCCCCGCCAGCGUCGCAAUAGCAUGGCGUCCGAGGGCAGCUACGCAACAAUGACGACGCACAUGUCCAAGAGCGCCGAGCCCGAGACGCCCAUCGACGCCCCCAAGUCGAGCUGGCUGCAAGCGACGCUGGCCAAGAUCCUCGCCAACGUGUCGAUCCAGAUCAACAACCUUGUACUCAAGUACGAGGAAGACGACAUGGUGCUCUCGGUGACCCUCGGCCUCCUCGACCUCUACUCGGCAGGCAAUACGUCAACAUGGCCGAGAGGCUUUGCGGAGCCCAAGGGCGAUCAAAAAGCCAUUGCCAAGUGCAUCGACGCCAAGGACAUUUCCGUCUUCCUCGAUCGGUACACAAGCGACCGCGUCGCUGUCGACGUCGACUCGGACCUGAUCCAUCGCCAAGUCAUUGGCUACGAGGUGCCUGUUCUGCGUCGAACAAGCCUGUCCUUGCGCUGCAUGUACGCGCUCGAGCCGUCGGCCAACCGCGUUGGGCCGACCAAGUCGGUGUACACGCCGCACGUCCAUGGCGAUCCAUUUCUCGGCGCCUCGUUCGAGGGCAAUGACGUCGUCGUGCUCGAUGUGUACGUCAAGGAGCUCUGCGUCUCGCUGAGCGACCGCCAAGUGCAUAUGCUCAUUGCGUUUGUGACGCCCAAGCCUCCGACGUCGCCGCAUCGACUUGUACGCGCGUCUUCAUCGCCGCUGCUGUCGAGCGCCAGCGAACCGAGCGAGCCACUGGUACCUCUUGUUUUGAACCCACCGCCGCCCGCGCCGGCCCAGGAAGCGCCGGCUUCGUCGUGGACGAGCUGGGUCUACGGCGCAAUCAUCGGCGACGACGACGGCGCGGUGGAUGAGCUUGAGAAAGAGCUCUUGACGUCGCUCGAGAAGAAAAUCCCAGAGCACGAGCCAAGUCUGCCCGAGUGCAGCAUUACGAUUGCAGAGGACCCGCCCGUGUCGAUCGUGACGGUGCGCGUGUCGAUUCAGAGUGCGUCGCUGACGCUGCGGAGUCACGGCGAGGACGCUACGGCGUCCAGUCCCACGAAGGGCGCGAGUGCGGAGGCGGCAGCCGUCGAGUUUGUGCCCGUGGCCAAUGUGGGCUUGGUGCCCAUCGAUCUCUCGCAGCACACAAAGACCAAAGUCUCGAAAGCCGCCAACGUCAUUGGCGUCGUCGAGGCCUCGUGCGUGCUACUGCGCGUGUCGACCGAUGGCGCGCGCCAAGACUCGUUGCUGGAAGUGCGCGAAGUACUGUGGCACCAGCCAACGACGCUUGUGGCGCCAACGCUUCUUCGCGCUGGCGACAGCCGCGUGUUGUAUGGUGUGCCGCAUCCGAAUGCAUCCGAGUCGUACUUUGGCGACCUCUUGGCGGGGGACAGCUGGCAGCACGAUGGCGCGUCACCGCCCGUGGCGUGUACGUGCGACGCGGUAUCCCUUUCGGUGAUCGACGACUACUGGACGAGUAGUCUUCGUCGCCUCCAAGACUGCGUCGACAACCAAGGCAACGCCCACGUCUCCCGCAUGGUCGACCACGUCGUCGAGAUGGUGCACCGCGACCUCGACGUUUGCGUGCCCGCGCCACGCUUCCGGCGUCAAGUGCAUCUGCUUGCGCAGGCCUUUGUGCAGCGGUACGAGCUUGACCGACCCGUGCUCGAAAACCUCGAGCAGUUCUUCCUGCCGGCCAUGCGGACGUGGACCGCCAUCAGUGUCGGCCACAAAUGCGUUCAUCUCGGGCACGCGUGCGGCCGGGCGUUGCGCCUGCGCCACGUUGCGUCGCCCGAACUCGUCUCGAUCGAUGUCGCUCUCGGACCCAUGCAUCUCGAUCUUCGCCUCGAGUCGCUGACCGCCCACAUGGCGUUUCUCAAUGACUUGGACUUUUCGCGUCUGGACACGGCCCAUGCCCCCGAGAAGGCAGCCACCGCCGCCACUAUGGCCAUGACCCUCGUGCACGCAACGUCGCUGUCGCUGGAGGUUCAUUUCGACGACGGCCAUGCGCUGUCGUUACAGGUGCACGACGUGCUGCUCAGCAUGCUGGGCGAGCAAGACAUGCGUGUUGCCGUCGCGAACACUAGCGUGCAGGUCGAUGAGAAUGACGUCCUCAACCUCUCCCACGCCGCUCUCGACUUGCGCUACACCACGGACGUCAUGCAGGCGUCGGCCGACGCCUAUUUCGAGUCGUGUCUCUUGGGAGUGAGCACGCCACUGCUCGAGACGCUGCUGAGCAACUUGCUACCGACGGUCUGCGCCAUCGUUCGUGUCGAGUACGCUGCGCCCACAGUGACCAACGCGAUGAAUUGCCAUGACGCGUUUACCAUUGGCAUGCACGGCGUCGAACUGGAAGCGUCUCUGGUCACGGGCCAGGACCUGGCGAUGGCGACGGCACGUGCGUCCGUCUCGGUGGAGGCGGUCGACUGCAGCCGACGAGGUCGCGUCAUCUUUGAGUCGUCUCGCGCCGAGGUGCCUUGGGUCGCCACCGAGGCAUCGGCUGAGGUCUCGGUGACGGCACUUCGGCAGUGGCUGCCAAGUCUCGUCGACAUGCUGGCGAUUCGAUCACCCGAGGUGCUACCGCCUUCGAUCGUCCACAUCGGGCUCCGGUGGGAGAUGCAGUCGUUCGAGGCGCAGUGGCACCGCAUGUUGCCUCUUUUGGCCAUGGUUGUCGACGUCCCAGUGGCCUUACCAUCCGAUGCCCCGGCACCUGCUGUCGUUGACGUGCCGCUGUGGACGCUUGCGUUGCAGGUGGCCUUGGCGCCCGCUACAAUUCAUCUCUCCAGACAUGUCCUGUUCACGACCCCUGCCCUUCGCAUCGCGACCAACACAAGCGGGUUGAAAGACGCUCGGGGGGCAACUUGCGGCGGUCGCUGCCGGCUUGAGAUCGACGUGUCGCCUUGGAAUGUCGCCGCCUUGGCAUCGCCACUGCUCUCGUGCGCCGCGACGAGGGUCGUUGUUGCCAUCGAUGUAUCGGCGCGAACGGCGCCGUUGCCUGCAAUUUUGCUCUUGUUUGAGUCGACAGUGAUGCUCGGCGCCGUCGACGUGUCCCUCUCGCCGCUUCAGAUGGUCUUACUGGGCCGAAUUCCGACGCUGCCGCCCGCGGGCCCCACCGAGCCUUUGACAUUGGCCAUCGCAGAUGCACCGCCCGUGCUGUGGUCUGUGAAAACGGGUCUCGAGCUCGCUCGCACCACAUUGGCGCUCCAGAGUCGUGGCAUUGAUGUCGCGUGCACGCUCACCGACCUUUUCCUCGCUGCCCAAGUGGGCACAGUCGCGCCGCACAAGACACCGGCAGCACCGUCGGAGGUGCCAUACCUGGAUCUACAAGUGCAGUUGCACGACGUUACCUGCACCGAGACGCUCACAUCGGCACGAAUACCAUCGACAGCCAGCAUUGGGGCCUUUGACAAGGUCUUGUCGCCCGAGAUCCUCGCGGGCAUUUUGUUCUGCUUGGACGAGUCGGACAUUCGCGCGUUUGGAGCUGCGACGAGGUAUGUCUUCGCGCCGGCGACCGCGAGCGCACUGGCCUUCUGGCGCGAGACGACGCUUCUGGUCAAGGCGUGCUGCGAGAAGGUCCAGUUUCAGUCCCUCGUGCGCGCACAAUGUCCUAUCAUAAGCACGCACACGUCACCAGACCCGUGGCUGUCGCUCUUUGCCCGCAACUACAACGCCAACACGGGCGAGCUGGGCGACUGGUGUCUUCUCGGGAGCGUCGAAGACCUCGACGUGCUACUGAGCGAGCCGACGCUGACCGUGGGCAUGCAGCUGGUCAAGAAUCUUGCGUCCAGAGACGCCGCCGCCUCGCCAUCUGCGUCGUCGUCCGACACGGCGCUGCCGUACGUGUCGGUGCACGUCGGGUCGAUGCGACUGCUGCUACCGGUGGCUUCGAGCAACGAGCAUGCGGAGCGGCAGUUGGCAGUGUGCGCCGAGUCGACGACCGUCGAGACUGUGCCGCACUUGGACCUGCCUACGGACGGCCUGAGCCACCCGCCGUUCCGCGUUGUCUCUCGACGACCGCGAGCGCCUUCCUCGGCGCUGCAAGUUGCGCCCAAGGCCAAGACCAUGCUGCGAGCUGGUGCCGUGUACAUGGCGCUGGUGCAGUAUGACGCGACAGCGGCACCCGCGCGGUCGCCGUACGAGGUGGCGGUGGCAACGCUCUCGGAGGCGCCGCUGACACUUGUCCGCGUCGACUACCUUGUGCCACCGUGGUUCCUUGCCAUCGAGGUGACGCCAUCCAAGCACAUUGACGUGCACGUGACAAAACUUGGCCUCGAACUGGACGAGCCCGCGCUGCAUGUGGUCGUCGACAGCGUCGGCCGCCUGAUGCGCGUCACCGACGGAUCGCCGCGGCCGCCUGAGCACAAGGGCGAUGCGUCGUCGACUGAGACACCGCUCAGCUGCGCGAUUUCGAUCGAUGGCGUCGACGCGCGCGUGCAGUCGGGUACCGACACGCUAUUGCUGCGUGUUGGGCCUGUCGCGUUCCGCCACACGCUCCACGACGGCCGCUUCUCGGUCAAGAACGUUGUCGUCGGCCACCGCGUCGUGACAGAUGACGAGGCGCUCGUCAUCGGGCCGCACUCGGACCCGCACGACUGGCAGCUUGCGGUCGAAAAGUACUCGGAGAAGUUGUUUCACGCGUCGUGGUCUCUCUCGGAAUAUCGCACGCUCUCGGGUCUCGUUGAAGUGCAAGGUCUGCAGUGCCACGUGUCGCCGGCGCUAGUCGCCAUGGCGCAGCGUCUCGCUUUGGUCGUCGCCCCACUCGGGGCGUCGUCGAUUCCAUCGCCAACGUCGAUCUGGACGCCGCUGGGUCCGUUCUUGCCGCGCUUUAGCCUGCCCGGCGUCGGCCCCGUGGACCAUGCGGCACUCAAGCUUCUCUGGUCCCCCAGUCAACUCAGCAUCGCAGCGGCCAGUGCCUGCGUCGUGUGCAACACGGGUGCGCUCUUUGCGAGUCUCGAUGCGCGGGUCACCGCCACGGACCAAGCGCUCGUGGCGGCUUGGCCCGCGACGCCGUUGUUUGAGUGGUGUCCAGUCAAGCUAUUGGACUUCGUCGUGACGUGGCAGCGCCUCGGCGUCUUGGUGCUCGAUGACGCGUGUCCCGUCACGGUGGCGCUCGGGCCUCAACUCGGUCGAUCCAAAGCAUGGCACCGGCUGCAGGCGCAAGUCGCCGAGGCACCGGCGCUGCUCCGAGACGUCGACCUGCGUUGCACCGGGGACGUCAAACAGCUUUUGCGACUCAUCAACCGGCAGCUCGUCGAGACGCGCGUGUACCCGACCGAAGUGCAUCUCGACGGCAACGCGGUGCACGUGUCGGUCUCGAUGGCGUCGCUGCGCCUUCUUCAACGCUGGAGUGCGGCGUGGUCCGUCCCCGCGACGGACACGUCUUUUGCAAAGGCGUCGGACGAUGUCGUCUCAGUGCAGGCGCCGACGGUGCACGACUUUGCAGAGCUCACGCUGCGCCUCGACCCCCGCGCUCACCACGCGCGUCCCGGCGAGCUGGUGUGUACCGAGACAGUGACGACGAAUGCGACGUUCUCGGGCAGCGUGCUCUCGCCGACGGCGCUGCUCGACGUAGCGUCUGCACCCCCACAAGAUGACGACGAGGACGAGGAUGAGUUGCGGCUCAUUGACAUCUUGAACGAUCUCGCGCGCCCGUGGGACGACGACGACAACAAGGACUGCCUGGAGCUGCGCUGGCGGUACCCGUCCCCGCGACAGCUUACACGCGUGACGGCGAUGCCGCUUCGUGCUUCGGUCGCGCCACGCGAUUGGCCGCGGAUCGAGGGUCGUUUGUGCGAUGUACGGUGCGAAGUGCGCUGUUUUGACAGUGUGACGUCGUCGUUCGUCUCGAUCGGUAUCGUGCACGUGCCGUGGGGAGCGGAGGACGGACUUCCACGCACCGGUUCGGCGCCGUCGCUCGCGGCCGCCAUUGCGCAGUGGAUGAGCGAGGACGACGAUGUGGCGCCGCAAGUGUCGGAAGCCUACCAGCUCUCGUUCGACGCCCGAGACUACCCGCUUGUGACGACGCCGGCUGCGACUCAGUGGGAGCUUCGGUGGCGUCUACCGCGCGUUGACGCUUCGUCGCUCCCUUUGUACGUGGCGCUAUCGGCGCAGCUGCGAGACGCCGUGCGUGUGAGCUCGGUCGCUGCCAUAUCGUCGUUACCACUGCUGCACGUUGUGGGCAACCUCCACGAAGUCAAACUGGCGUGGCACGAUGGUGGUGACGACGUGCACGAGCUGUUGCAUGUCAAAGCUACGGAUGUCAGCGUCCACCUUCGGACGUUUGCGGGCAGUGCUCGCUAUAGCUGCGUCGUCGCUGGCGUUCUCGGCAGCGAGAUGCACAACCUUACUACGCUGGCGACCACGACACUGCUUCAGCCGUGGCAAGUGACGGUCGUCUUGGAGCAGGCCGCCCAGCUCUCGUUGGCGCUAACGACGGGUGCGCUCACGCUCCAGCUGACACAGUACGCGUUGCUAUUUAUGAUGCAGUUGUCGCAGUCGCUCACCGAGCCAUCGCCACCUACAAAACGUAUCAAGUAUCGGAUUUGCAUCCACAACCAAAUCGACGCGGUGCUGCUGUUUCGUCAAGUGGGCUCCACCGAAGUCCAAGAGCUCCGUGGUCUCGUGUCGGUCGACUACAGUUGGCAUGCGAUCACAGCGCCGUUCGAGCUGCAGUUCACGCGGUCGCUCUCGCAUGGCUGGUCGACGCCGUGUCCAAUCAGGGCUCCUGGCGGCGUGUGGCACCGGCCACUUCCGACGGGCGGCAUCUGGGUUGAGGUUGUCGUCUGUGGCCUCGAGACAACUGUGGUCGUGCGCGGCGACGUUGUUGUUAUCAACCACUUGGACCAGCGCCUGCAGUAUCGCCUCAACAACGAGGUGGCCGUCACCCUUGGCUCGUCGCCGCAGUCGCACAUCCUCGAGCGCCAGUCCACGCGCGUAUCUCUGCGCUGUGACAACGGCCGUCCGUGGAGUGUGGCCCAGCUCGUUGCGAGUACGUCGACGCCUUUUGCGCCGGUGGCAGCGACGACGACGCCCGAGGCGCCAGCCACGCUUGUCGUGCUCUCUCGGGACGCAGGUACCAUGUACGUCUGGGUAGCUAUCAAGCGCGCCGCCUGCCACGUCGUAAAGGAGGCAGCGUCUGUGCACCGCGUUCUCCGAUGGGCCUGGCUCGAAGUGCAUUUGUGGCCGGUGCUAACGCUGACAAAUCAACUUGCGGUCCCGGCCGCCGUGUCGCUGUUGCACCAAGCGACGGGGCGCCGAACGCUCGUGCGCCUUGCCGUCGCCGAAGAGACGCAGGUACUCGAAUACAACCCACAAGAACCCCAGAUUCUCGAGGUUGGUGGCACUUCGCUCGCGAUCCCGGCGUGUGCCUCGCCCGAGGGGGAUGAGCUCGCAGCGUAUCCGGUGGGUGGCGUUCUCCGCGUCGACGCGCCAAAGUGCGGGACGAUCCACUUGACGCGACUCGCAACGUCGCCAGCGCGGCAUCUCGCCUUGCGUCCAACGCUGGUUCUUCGCAACGAGCUGCCGUGGGCCAUCGUCAUUGACGGCCCCGACUGCCGCCAAACGGUGCUGCCGUCGGCCGAGCUCAGUCUGGCGAUCUCGAGCUUUUCGAUGGGGCUGCAGUAUAUACCCGAGACGCUCUUGUGGACCAACUAUGCGUCGCAGCCGUCCCAUGUCAUGUGGAGUUUGCCAUCUGCGCCGGGCUGCUGCCUCAGCGCUGUCGUGCGCCAUAGCAUCGUCGACGGCAUGGCGCGGGUGACGCUUGCGUGUCACUACCAAGUACGCAAUCAGUCGCGGUACCCACUGCAGCUGCUGCCCACGACGCUCCUCGCCGCCAAAACCAACGCGCUCGUCCCAACGGUCGCGGCGCCUGCAGCCAGCGUGUGGCCCGUCGGAACGCACCUCGAGCGACCGUCGUCGUUGCACUCGAGUCUCAAAUGGAUCCGGACGCGGCUUUCGCGCGGCAGCAGUAUUGCGGACGACGGCCUCGAAACGGUGUUGACGCCGGCCUUGGACGCGACGCGACUGCACUGUGCGCUCUCGGUCGCGAUUGCAGCGCCCGGCUACGCGUGGUCACGUCGGUCGAUUGAGCUUCGCCCGUGCGGUGCGCAGCGUCUUUUGCUCUUACACUCGGAUGCCACCCGGUCCGACGUGAUGCUCACGUUUGCCGUCGUGGCCGUCGACGACGCCGUCGUGCUUACGAUCUACGAAGACGCGUACCCGCCGGUGACGCUGCAAAACCACCUGUCGCGCGCUGUUGCGGUCGCGCUUGUCCACGUUGACGAGUGUGCAACGAUCGGCGCCAACGACACGAUCGCGUACGACUGGCAGCUUCAGGACUCGGCGUACGGCAGCCUUCCGGCGCCGAGUGUGUUUGAUUCGCCGUCGCCGUCGCCCCAUGCGCGGUUCCGUGUUCGUGUGGCGGGCGACGACUGCAGCUGGUCGAGCGCUGUCUGGCUGGUCGAGGGCAUCCAGUUUGCCCGCGCAGGCGACCUCGUCCUGCUACUGACAAUGUACGAGCGCUACAGCGUGUGGAUGGUCCACAUCGAGUGCAUCGACGGGGGCAAGAGUGCGCCGCGCGUCCCCUGCCGACCUCUCGCGGCGCCGGCCACGCGCGUCUCGGUGCGCGUCGACGCCGUCGUCGUGCGCUGUUUUGACGACCACGUGGUGGUGCACGACGACGGCCCAAGCUACGCCGAGGUGCUGCGUCUGGACGCGCAGCAAAUCGCCUUCAUGGCGCUCUCGCUGGGCGACGUUGUGCCCGACGGUCACAAGCAGCGAGCUGCUUUGGGGUAUCUCUCGCACAUCCAGCGCUUCACAACGUCGCUGUUGGUGUUUGAAGCGUUGGAGCUCGUCCACUUUUUUCCCGAGUGCAAUUUUCCCAGAGCCUUGAUGUGCGGCAACGUCUCCCGGUCGAAUGCGGUCGUCUCCGAUGCGCAGCUCCUCGCCGUGUCCAUUGAGCCGCUCGUCAAGUCCCACGCGCUGACGCUGCGACUCGUUUACGCCGACGGCUGGGUGCCAACGCAUUCGUACACGGACGCGCUCGAGCUCGCUGUGUCGCCCAUCGUCCUGCAGGUUGAAGAUCUGCUGCUCGUUCGGCUGCAAGGAUGGCUUGCGCCGCUUCUGGAAGCAGCGUCCGCAGUGGAGGUGACGCCAACGGAGCCGCCAUUGGAGACGCAAAUUGCACUGGCGAUGCGGGCUAAACGCUACAUUGGCCGUCUCGUUCUCUCUCCGGUUUCGUUGACCAUCACGGCGCGCUUCUUGUACGGCCUUGACCGAACGCCGCUGUCGCUCUCGGGCGUGGACCUCGCCCACAUUCUGUGCUUUGACGACCAGUUGGCGAAGGACCUUGCAGCGAACUACGUCGCUGACGCUGUCGUGCGCACGCCAAUGGUGCUCAUGUCCCUCAACGUCCUCGGGAACCCCGCAGGGUUUGUGCGCGACGUGAGCUCGGGUGUUCAGGACCUCGUGCGCCUGCCGCUGCUCGCUGUCGCUACGGAAGGCUACUCGCCCGUCUCGAUCACGAAAGGCCUCUUCCGAGGCGCUGUGUCCUUUGCAACCCACACUUCGGUCGCGACGCUCUCGUCCGUCUCGGGCGUCGCCCAUGCCAUUUCGCGGUCCAUGGACCAUAUCAGCACGAGUGCGUCGACAGCCACCGCGACAACGACGCCGCCCGUCAACUUUACCUCGGGACUCGCCCACGGCUUCCACUCGUUUGGCCAAGCGAUCGUCGGUGCCGCGACCGGUGUCGUGACGACGCCGUUGAGUGUCCUGCGCGACAACCAAGAGCAAGGCCGGUCCACGGGCCUCGGUGCUGGCGUCGUCGGCGUCGGGAAAGGGCUCGUCGGCAUCGUCGCACAGCCCAUGAGCGGUAUGGCGUCGCUCGUCUCCAAGACGACCGACGGUCUCCUCGUCGAAAUGGGUGUCGGCGGGCGCAAUGACGCAGUCGCGUCCACCAUGCUACCGCUCCGUCGGCACGAAGCGCUCUUUGUGCGCUGGAAACUCGUUGGGUCCGUGACCGGUCCGAUCGUCUUCGCGCAUGCGCUCUACUUGGCUGAGCAGCCCUCGCACGAGCUAGCUGACAUGAGCACCGAGUGGCUGUUGCCGUCGGACGCUGGCGUUCCGUGCGUGCUCGUGGUCUCCCCCACGCACGUCUACGUUGUCGACGCGUGUACCGAUGACAAGCUCGAGGUGAUUGCGGUCUCGACGAUCGCAGUACUGGAGCAGAGUCUUGUCGAGCCUACCAAGCUGGACGUUGGCGUCGGGGGGUCGGCUAUGCACAUGCGCUGGUAUCGCUUCCGCCUCGCGAUGCACGACCGGCGCGACCUCGGCCGCGCGAUUGCAACGUUUCGAAAGUGGUAACAAAGAGUUGGAUCGAUUCUCUA